CCCAAGGCGGACGUGAGCAGAGUUGGACCAAGAUGGCGGUGCAGGUGGUGCAGGCUGUGCAUGCGGUCCAUCUCGAGUCGGAUGCUUUCUUAGUUUGUCUCAACCAUGCUCUGAGCACAGAGAAGGAGGAGGUGAUGGGGCUGUGUAUAGGGGAGUUGAAUGAUGACACAAGGAGUGACUCUAAAUUUACAUAUACUGGAACUGAAAUGCGCGCAGUUGCUGAAAAGGUUGACACCGUCAGAAUUAUUCACAUUCAUUCUGUCAUCAUCUUGCGACGUUCCGAUAAGAGGAAGGAUCGAGUGGAAAUUUCUCCAGAGCAGCUGUCUGCAGCCUCAACAGAGGCGGAGAGGUUGGCUGAACUAACAGGUCGCCCCAUGCGAGUUGUGGGCUGGUAUCAUUCCCAUCCUCAUAUAACGGUUUGGCCUUCACAUGUUGAUGUUCGUACACAAGCCAUGUACCAGAUGAUGGAUCAAGGCUUUGUAGGACUUAUUUUUUCCUGUUUCAUAGAAGAUAAAAACACAAAGACUGGUCGGGUACUCUACACUUGCUUUCAAUCCAUACAGGCCCAAAAGAGCUCAGAGCCCCCUCAUGGUCCACGAGACUUCUGGAGCUCCAGCCAGCACUCCAUUGAGCACCAUAAGGAAGAGGAAAGGUAUGAGAGAAUUGAAAUCCCAAUCCAUAUUGUACCUCAUGUAACCAUUGGGAAAGUGUGCCUUGAAUCAGCAGUUGAGCUGCCCAAGAUUCUUUGCCAGGAGGAGCAGGAUGCAUAUAGGAGGAUCCACAGCCUCACACAUCUGGACUCAGUAACCAAGAUCCAUAAUGGCUCAGUGUUUACCAAGAAUCUGUGCAGUCAGAUGUCGGCAGUCAGUGGGCCUCUCCUACAGUGGUUGGAGGACAGACUGGAGCAAAACCAACAGCAUUUGCAGGAGCUGCAACAGGAAAAGGAAGAGCUUAUGCAAGAACUUUCUUCUCUAGAAUAAAGCAGGAGACAACAUGGGGAAAGAUGAAAAUAUCCAGGUAUAAAAUUAAUUAAGCUAAAUCAAUUUUGAAGAAGAAAAAUUUGGAGGAUUCAUAUUACCUGACUUCAAGACUUACAAUAAAGCUACAUAAUCAAGACGGUAUGGUAUAUGCCCAACUGAUUUUGACAAAGGUGCAAAAGCAAUUCAAUGGAGGAAGGAUAGUCUUUUCAACAAAUGAUGCUGGAACAAUUGGACACCCAUAGGCAAAAAAAUGAACUUUGACCUAAACUGCAUCCCUUGUACAAAAAUUAACUCAAAACCUAUCAUGGACUUAGAUGUAAGACGUAAAACUAUAAAACUUUUAGAAAAAAAUCAUAGAAAAACCUUCAGAAUCUUGGGCUAGGCAACAAGUUCUUGGCCUUCACACCAAAAGCACAAUCCUAAAAGGAAAAAGUUGACAUAUUGGGCUUCAUCAAAAUAAAAAACUUUUGCUCUGCAAAAAAUUUAAAAGGAGGAAAUUAUUGAGAGAAAUUAUUUGCAAACUAUAUAUGUGAUCAAUCUAGACUAUAUAAAGUCAACAGUAAAAAACAAACAAUCCAAUUAGAAAAUGAGCAAAAGACAUGAAUAGACAUUUCAUUAAAGAGGAUAUAUGGAUGGAAAGUAAGCACAUGAAGAGAUGUUGAACUUCAUUAGUCAUCAGGGAAUGCAAAUUAAAACCACAAUGAAUUAUGGCUACAUACUUAUCAAUAAGAAUGGCUAAAGAAAAAAUAAUGAAAAUACCAGAUGCUUUUGAGCAUACAAACUGGAUCUCUCAUACAUUGCUGAUAGGAAUGUAAAAUGGUACAGCCCCUCUGGAAAAGAGUUUGGAAAUUUCUAAUAAAGUUACACAUGCAGGUACCACAACCCAGCAGCUGCAGUCCUGGCCAUUUGUCCCAGAGAAAUGAAAACCUAUAUUGGCACAAAAACUUGUACACACAUGUUCUUAGCAGCUUUAUUUUAAUAUCCAAAAACUGGAAAAAAAAACCCAGAUGUCCUGCAGUUGAGUGGGUGGUUAAACCAACCAUCCAUACCAUGAAAUACUACUCUGCAAUGAAAAGGAACAGACUAUCGAUACACAUAACUUGGUUGGACCUCAAGGGUAUUAUGAUGAAUGAAAAAAGCCAGUCUCAAAAAAAGGUCAUAUACUGUAUGAUUGCAUUUAUAUAACAUUCUUGAAAUGACAAAAUUAUAGAAAUCAAGAACAGAUUAAUGGUUGCCAGGGAUAGGGACUGGAGGCAGUAUGGGGUAUGUGUCACUAUAAAGGGAUAACAGAAGGAGUUCCUUUAUGCUGAUGGAAGAGUUCUGUAUCUUGCUUGUGGUGUUGAUUACAUGAAUCUCUGUCUGUGCUAAAACUACAUAGACCUGCACACACCCAUAAAUGAAUGCACGUAAAAUAUGGUGAAACUGAAUAAGGUCUGUAGUGUCAACCAUUGUCAAUAUGUUGGUUUUGAAGUUGUACAAUAGUUAUGUAAAAUGUUACCACUCAGGGAAACUGGGUGAAGGGUACAUGGGACUCCCUGUACUAUUUUUGCAACUUCCUGUAAAUCUAUAAUUAUUGCAAAAUAAAAAGUUAUAAGUAUUAAAUAGGGA